AUGGUGGAUCACUUGCUGCCUACUGAUGAAUCCUUUUCAUCUACAAGGUCUUCUCUUGGAUACUUUGGGGACAUGACAGCAGGGGUGAGGUCCUACCAGAUGCUGCCCUCUCCCCUGUCAGAAGAUGACAGCGACUCGUCCAGCUUUUGUUCUUGUUCCAGCCCUGACUCCCAGGUUCUCAGCUCCAGCUAUGGAAGCACGUCCAGUGCGGAAAGUCAGGACAGUAUCUUAGACUACUUGUUGUCCCAGGCAUCUUUGGGGAACACUGCUGCAUCAUGGUGGGACAAAAGGAGACUUCAGCCAAUAGUGAAAGAGGAGUACUUCCGGUUGCCUGAAUUUGCUGUGGAUAUGGAAGACUCUGGACCAUUUCAGCCCACGCUUGAGGAAAUUGAGGAAUUUCUGGAGGAGAACAUGGAGUUGGAGCUCAAAGAAAGACCUAAAAGUGAGACCAAGGACUUGAGAGCUUGCAGCCAAGUUUCUGUUGCUUCGCUACAGCAAAAAGACCAUAUGUUACCCAGCGCUAGUUUAAAAGAGGGUAGAAAUGAACGGUUGAGCAGCUCAACAGAAGGUGGCCAGGCUUCAAAUGGAGGAAUGUCCCUGGAGAAUGGGAUACCGGUUAUGCUCCAAAUUCAGCCUGUACAGGUCAAACAGGAGUCCAACACGAGCCCCAGUUCCCAAGGACCAGGACAAGAGAAUAUUAAAAUUGCACAGCUCCUAGUCAACAUCCAAGGACAGACAUUUGCCCUUGUGCCUCAGAUAGUUCAGUCGUCCAAUUUGAACUUGUCCUCUAAAUUUGUUCGCAUUGCUCCCGUCCCCAUCGCCGCCAAACCAAUUGGGCCAGGAGGCAUGAUCCAGGGUCAGACGGGAAUCAUCAUGGGUCAGAAAUUUCAAAAGAACCCUGCAGCAGAACUCAUUAAAAUGCACAAAUGUUCUUUUCCUGGUUGUACCAAGAUGUACACGAAAAGCAGCCAUUUGAAAGCCCACCUGAGGAGGCAUACAGGAGAAAAGCCUUUUGCAUGCACGUGGCCGGGAUGCGGAUGGAGGUUCUCCAGGUCAGAUGAGCUGUCCCGGCACAGGCGCUCCCACUCAGGGGUGAAACCCUAUCAGUGUCCCGUCUGCGAGAAGAAGUUUGCUCGAAGCGACCACUUGUCCAAACAUGUCAAGGUGCAUCGGUUCCCACGAAGCAACCGCUCCAUCCGCUCCGUGAACUGA